GGAAGUGCUAAGGAUCAAAAUGGCUUCUAGACUCCCGGCUGAGAUCUGGACCGAGGAGAUCAUUUGCCCGAUUUGUCUGGAUUUCUUCACUGAUCCUGUUAGCCUGGGCUGUGGCCACAACUUCUGUCGCUCCUGUAUCACCCGGAGCUGGGAAAAGCAGGAGAUCAACUGCUGUGCUGUUUGUCAGGAGACAUUUACAGAAAAGAACCUCACAGCCAGUUGGGCCUUGGCGAGUCUAGCAGAGAAAGCUCGAAAAUUGGGCCUGACCCCGACACAGACGGAAAAUAAACUUCACUGUGAGAAACACCGGGCGCAACUGAAUCUGUUCUGUGAAUCUGACAAGAAAGUGCUGUGUGUAGUUUGCAGUCAUGGGCAGGAACACAGAGGCCACAGCUUCCUACCCAUUGAAGAAGCUGUUGAAAUCUAUAAGGAAAAACUUAUAUCCUCCUUAGCUUCUCUCACACAGAGGAAGGAACCUGGUUUACAAGCAGAAGCCAAACAGAAAGAAAAGAUUUCACAACUGAAGGAACAGGUGAACAGUCUGCAGACCCACGUCACGGGUGAGUUUGCUAAAAUGCACCAGAGUCUGACGGACAGAGAGCAGCGAGUGAUGCGAGAUCUCAGACAACGAGAGGAGGAGAUUUUAAAGCGAAUGGAGACAAAUCUGCGAGAGAUUCAAUGCAAAUUAGAUUCUGUUGAACAACAACUCUCCGAGUUACAGACACAGAUGGGAAAAGACGCUCUCACCUUCCUGCAGGAGGAAGCUGCUGUCAAAAGAAGGUAUGAAAUGAUCUUGACCAAACAUUCCAGAAUUGAACCCACAAACCGCCCACAAGGUGCAGUUUCACAUUAUAUUGUGAUCGUGUCUUAUUUCAGGGUCAGUGACGAGGUGUUUGAUCUGUCAGUGUGUGAGGAUGAGCUGCCUGUGGCCAAGUACAAAUGGCCUUUGAAGAACACAGUAUGGAGACAGAUUAUAGACAACAUCAGCCCAGCUCCGCCCUCUCUGACUCUGGAUCCUGACACAGCCCAUCCCAAGCUCAUCCUGUCUGAGGACCUGACCAGAGUGAGACACGGAGACACACGGCAGCAGCUCCCGGACUCCCCAAAGAGGUUUGAUACCUGUCCCUGUGUCCUGGGGUCUGAGGGCUUCACAUCAGGGAGACAUUACUGGGAGGUGCAGGUGGCCAACAAGACUGAGUGGGAUGUGGGAUUGGCCCGAGAGUCUGUCAACAGGAAAGGAGUGAUCGCACUGUCACCAGGGAACGGAUUCUGGGCUGUGACACUGAGAAACGGGGAUGAAUAUAAAGCUCUGACCUCUCCCUCCACUCUCCUGUCCCUGAGGGACAGACCCGGGAAGGUGGGAGUGUUCCUGGACUAUGAGAGGGGAGAGGUGACAUUUUACAACGCCGAUAACAUGUCUCAUCUCCACACUUUCACCCAGAAUUUCACUGAGAAACUCUAUCCUUACUUCAGUCCCAGUUUGAAUUAUGGCGGCAAAAACUCAGAGCCUCUGAGGAUCUGCGGGUGAUAGGCUAAUGAGGAGGAAACCCUCAGCCAUGACCUGUGUUUGUUUGUGAUGGCCACGAGGCUGAAACUUUUAUAAUCUGUGUCGCUAUACAAUAAAGCUUGUGGUUUAUAUUACAGCUUUCA